AUACCCAUUAUGUCAUGAUGAGAAGUUUAUUUUGCUCAUCAACAUUAUGCUGCUAAAUUAAAGAGAACUAAAAGUCGUCGAUAAAUUCAUCUUCUUCAAGAUAUUAUUUUUUGUGGGGUUAUAUUUCUAAAGACAACUUCUAUUUAUAGUUUUUGUUUGCUGAAUUUUUUGUUAACAAGUAACAACCCAACAACUACAGCUUGUUGACCUUUGGAAACUGAACAAUUUCUACAAUUUCAACAUUGCUGUACAUCAAUUAAACAAUUGAUACAAUCAAAAUGGCAAACUGGCCCGCAAUUGGUUCGAUAAUCCUGCCAAACCUUGGUGGUUGGGCCAACGGGUUAUACUACGCUGGACUCCACCUAAAUGGCUGUUUGGACCUGCUUGGACUGUUUUAUACAGUGGGAUGGGUUAUGCUUCGUAUCUGGUGUGGGAAGACUGUGGUGGAUUUAAUGAGUCCUCGGUACUCCCUCUUUCGCUUUACGGAGGUCAACUUUUGCUUAACUGGGCCUGGACUCCAAUAUUCUUUGGAAUGAAGGACUUCAAACUGGCCUUCAUAAACAUCUCGGUGUUGAGCGGUAUGGCAGUAGCGACAACUAUCGCGUUCGUCCACUGCAAUAAAACUGCCGCGGCUUUGAUGUUGCCGUACCUGGGCUGGUUGGCAUACGCCAGCGCCCUCAACUACUACGUAUGGAAGAACAACCCCAAGAUUGAGGAAAUCACGGACGACAAGGACAAGUAGAGAUAACCAAAAUUAUCCUGAGUAAAAUAUAUUUAAUAGGCAGAAUAUAACUAAAUGUUAGUAAUAGGCAGAAGUUAGUUCUUGUGCUUUGUAUACUGAAGGAGUCAGUGACUUAAAUAUCAUUCAAUUUUCUACUAUAAGUGCAUCACUAAUUCAUCACAAUAUCUUAUAUUAUUUUUAUACAGCAUUGUUGUAAUAUUUAAAUUGUGUAAUGAACAAUUUUUUCUAUAAACUUGUGUAUGGCUCUAUAGUAAAGAUGCCUUUGACUUCCAAAUAAAAAGUAAUAACUUCUUUUUCUUUUGGUUACAUUCAUGGUUAUAAUAUGUGAAGCAUUUGUGCAAGUCAAAUAUUUUUAUUGUAUUUAUUAAGUAAUUGUUUUAAAGGGUGACUGGGCAAUUUUACUAGGUGUAGAAGACUUAUCUGAAUUGUAUAGAUUAGGGUAAAUUAAAAAUUGCAUAAUAUUACUGUCAUCACAUAAGUUUUAACAGUGAAAAAUAUUUAAAUAAUGCAGUAUUAGCUUUAAAGUUAACUUUAAUAACCUAUACAUUUUUAUGUAUUUUAAAAUCUUUGAAUGACUGCAAUUUAAGUGUCCUUGCAUAAUCUGUGCACAAUUAACUGUUAAGCAUUCCUUGUUACGCAUUUGUUUUCAUUUUUGGAUGGAGGUUAUAAUUUAGAUGACUUUUGUGUGUGUUUUGUUAUCUUUAAGUAUGUUUUAUUUAUGUUUUCUUGUAGAUGUUAAUAAUGAAAAUAUAUCUUCAUA